AUGGGCCGCCGCCGCCACAAAGAGAAAAGGAAGUUCCAACACCUAGUUGACGGACCAAUACUCGCAAAGAAACCUUUCAAAGAUGGUCCCCUUGGCUGGAAAGAGGAUGAGCAUGGCGAGCUGCUACCCGUGUUCCCUCCGCCUCCACUCAUGUACACUUCCGAAGAUCUCUUGCCGUACAUGCCAUAUCCGGUCUUAUAUAACGAGCGACUAAAUAUACGAAAACGAGUUGGACUUUACUUUCCAUUUCUCUAUCUCCCUGCAGAGAUCCGAUAUGAGGUAUACCGGCUCUGCAUUUUCGCCAGCCCCUUGCUUCGGAAACUAGCUGGCCAGCUCCUGCGCACCUGUAAGCUGGUCCACGCCGAGGCCGCGUCAGUUCUCUAUGGCGAAAACGAGCUUCGCUUCGCCCAACAGUGCGGUCAUCUACACGUCCCAGCCUUCCUGGGUAGUAUUGGAAACCACACCUGCUGGAUCAAACAGGUGGCUAUUCACGUCCCAUUCCUCGGAGUGCGUCCCUUCAUCUCCAACGGUAGCUUGUGGGUGGGAACGUCUGAAGAACCCCUCGUUAGCUACGACGGGACGUCCAACUGGGAUCAACUCGCACGAGAUGCUCUAGAAGCCCUCGCAGCACUGCCCGCCCUUUCUCACCUUACGAUCAUUAUCCCCCCCGAUUGGCAGUAUGAUAGUCACGCCGACGUCCCCUUCCAAGAUGAAUGGACGCACGUCCAUGAGGACGAUGACGAGUGGAUCAAAGGUUCCAACGAGCCGAUCUGGGAAGCGCUCAAGGAGUUUACACACCUUCGGCCAAUGGUGAAGCUGACAAGUGUGCGGUUAUGGCUAGAUGAGGACGACUCGGAAAUCAACAGGCUUAACCACGAGCGUUGUCUUACCAAACUAAGGGAUCGACUCGGUAUAUGGGAUUGUAAAAAUGCGAGAGUCGGGGCGGAUGGGGCUUGGACAGUGCCGGCAGAGUGUGCUGGUGAGGAUCCGGACGAGUAUCUCCUGUAUUUGCGCUUCCUGUUCGAGGACGACACGUGGUAUGCGGUUCAGCGAGCGCGCAUUGAGGAAUGGCCGCAAGGAAAGAUUCUAUGAGCUUUUGGGGUAUAGAGAGGAAGUGUUUCUCGGGAUCGAAGGCAUACGUCGCCUCCAUAUGCCGGCCGGAUAUGGAGAGAAUCCGGCGGUUUGCUCUAGCCAUCAAGGAAGUCCCACCGCUACACUAUAGAACUAAUGUCGAAACCACCUUUCGGAAUGCUUCGAGACUCUAGCAACAUAUGCAAUGAGGAGGCUACCGUGCACACCUUGUGUCCAGAUCCAUUCAAGCUGCAAAGGGAAGAGCCGGCGCUUGCUUCUCGUCAAGUAAUUCUUCGGGAA